AUGUCAGACGACAAACAAGCUGCCGCCAAGGACAGCCCAGCGCCUUCGCAAAGCGGUGCUGCAGAAACUCACGAUGGGACGGAGGAAGGGAGGAAAGCUUUUCUCGCGUCCUUCUCCGCCGCAGAAGACAAAGCCAUCAUGCGAAAAGUAGACGGGAGAUUUUUGGUCCUCAUUGGUCUGAUAUACGUCAUUAAAAACAUCGAUUAUAUGAACGCUGCAAAUGUGAAGGUGCUGCAGGUCGGACAGCCUUCAAACAUCUUGAAUGAACUGAGCAUGACGGCCGAUCAGUAUAACUGGGUUCAGUCAAUCUACUUUAUCAGCUAUAUUGUCUUCGAAGUACCAAGCAACCUGGUCAUGAAGAAAGUCCUUCCUCGCAACUGGCAGACACGCAUCAUUCUCUCCUGGGGCAUAAUUCUAGCAUGCCAUGCCGCCGUCAAGAACAAAGAAGGGCUCUACGCUGCGCGGUUUUGCUUGGGCAUGGCCGAGGCAGGCAUGUUUCCGGGUCUCGCCGUGCAGCUCGCAUCUUGGUACAGAACAGACGAAUACGCCAAGCCCGUCAUGUGGAUGUUCGCGUUCCAGAACACCUCCGGCAUCAUCGGUUCGCUACUGGCGUACGGAAUAAGCUACAUGAACGGGCUCGGCGGUCUAUCCGCCUGGCGAUGGGUCUACCUCCUCGAAGGCCUCUUCACCAUCCUCUUCUCCAUCAUCGUCUACCUCGUCCUCCCCGACUACCCCCACUCCCCCCGCUCCCGCACCUGGCUCACCCCGCGCGAGCAAACCUACCUCGAAGCCCGCCUCUCCCCCUCCGCCCCCAAAACCUCGGACCCGCCCUUCAGGCCCUCCGAGAUCCCCACCGCCCUCCGCGACCCCCGCACCCACGCCUUCACCCUCGCCCAGUUCCUCACCAACCUCGCCGGCUACGCCCUCCAAUGGCAGCUCCCCACCAUCACCACCUCCCUCGGCUUCGCCGCCCUCCCCCGCAACCAACUCCUCAACAUCCCCCCCGCCCUCGGCUCCGUCCUCGCCAUCCUCGCCGCCGGCGCGCUCCUCUCCCGCGCCUGGCUCUCGCGCCCCGCUUUCAUCGCACUCAUCGGCGCCUGCGAGCUCGUCUUCUUCGCGGUGCUCGCCGCGCCCGUCCACGACAAACCGGCUGUAGUGUACGCCGCCUGCGUCCUCGGCACCGUGUUUUACAGCGUGUGGUUUAUCCCGUUUUGGGCGUGGCGCAGCGCUUCGCUCGACGGGGGCGCCACCGCCGCGGCUUUCGGCCUCGCGUGGCAGAAUUGCGUGGGGCAGGUCGGCGGCGUCGUGGGGCCGCAGCUGUUUAGGGAGAGGUAUGCUGGAGAUGGGUAUAGGGUGCCGUUUGCGGUGUGUGCGGGGGCGGUGGGGGGCGCUUGGGUGGCGGGGUUGUGGGGGUGGUGGUUGACGUGGGAGGUGGAGGGGAGGGUGAGGAGGGAAAGGAGGGCGUGGUGGAAGGAGAGGGGGAGAGGGAGGGGGAAGCUGGGGGACAGGGAAGGGACGGUGGGGGAUGGUGUUGGUGAUACUAGUGGGGGAGGGGAGCGGUGA